AUGGAGAAAAUCAAACUAGCUCUACUCCGAUGCAAUAAGUUCAUCAAAACCCACACUUUUUGGCCCAGAAAUUCGGAUCAGAAUGAUUACGAGGAGGAUUGCUAUGCGAUCUUCUUUCUCCAUGGUAGUAAAACUGCAGUUUGGGAUCUUCAUCUCUUGGUUGAAGACACUUGUGCGGGAGCAAAGGUUCUUCUCAAUAAUGGGUACAAAGAAACAACACCAGACUACAGUUUUGAAGACGAUCCAGAAUUUAAUGAGCGUGCGAUUCGACUUAUUCACAAUCCAUCUUCAACUAUCGUAAUGCUGCACGCCGUCAAAGAAUGGUAUUACCAAAUGGAUGAUAGCGUGCAAGACUUCCUCCCACCACUCUCCAGCUUCCUCGAUUCAGUGAUCGAAUUUUGGCUCGAUAUAUCUUCUCAGGACUACGAUCAUCGUUUGCGGUUUGCUCUUUAUAUUGGCUGUUUAAUCGGUUACUGCUAUUACUUGCAGGAUUUAGAUGGCCAGCUGGUCAAGACUCAUGCAUACGCCGAAAAUCUCAAGCCAGAGCAUCGCGAGGUUCAUUAUGACAUUAAGUUCGAGAGCCCCAGCAAGAAGAGUUUUACGGCCACUAAUCGACAUGCAUACCAUGUGAGACGGAGCAGAGAGAUCAGAGAAGGUGGUUUCGUACCAAAAACAUAUGAGGAGGGGGGUGUUUAG